AUGGCUGAGACACUUUUGUCAUUUGGAGUUGAGAAGCUCUGGGAACUCCUAGUUCGAGAAUCUGAGCGAUUUAAAGGAGUUGAUGAGCAAUUCAAUGAAUUGAAAAGUGAUCUAAAUAUGUUAAGGUGCUUUUUGAAAGAUGCAGAUGCCAAAAAACAUACAAGUGCAAUGGUUGGAAACAUUGUGAAAGAGAUCAAAGAAAUUGUUUAUGAUACUGAAGAUAUAAUCGAAACCUUUCUUCUAAAGCAAAAGCUUGGGGGAAAAAGUGGCAUCAGGAACCAUGCCAGAAGGUUAUCUUCCGCUAUCGUGGAGCGAAGGGGAAUUGCUUUCGAUAUGGGAGCCAUAAGUAAGAGGAUCGCUAAGGUGAUCCGCGAUAUGCAGAGUCUUGGCGUACAACAUGUCAUUGUCAGUGACGAGUACAUGAAGUCUCUACAAGAACGACAUAGAGAAAUGCGACAAACGUUUGCUAACGACAAUGAAAGCGUUCUUGUGGGGUUUGAGAAAAACGUUAGGAAAUUGGUUAGUUAUAUGGUGGAGAAAGAUAGCAGUCAAGUGGUUUCUAUAACCGGGAUGGGCGGUCUUGGUAAAACCACUCUUGCUAGACAAGUUAUAAAUCAUGAGACAAUAAAAUGUCAUUUUGCAGGACUCGCAUGGGUUUGUGUUUCGCAGCAGUUUACAAGGAAGUAUGUGUGGCAGACGAUCUUGCGGAAACUCAGGCCAGCAUAUAACGUAUCACAAAUGACAGAAGACGAACUUCAAGAAAAUCUUGUUCGAGUGCUGGAAACACAAAAAGCUCUGAUUGUCCUUGAUGAUAUAUGGAAAGAAGAAGACUGGGACAGAAUCAAACCAAUUUUUCCCCCGGCCAAAGGUUGGAAAGUAUUACUUACUUCUCGCAAUGAGGGUGUCGCAUUACGAGCAGAUCCGACAUGUUUCACCUUUAAACCGGAGUGUCUAACUCUCACAGAAAGUUGGACACUUUUUCGAAGCUUAGCAUUUGCUAGAGAAAACACUACCGAAUAUAAGCUUGAUGAAGACAUGGAAGAGAUGGGUAAGCAGAUGAUGAAACAUUGUGGAGGUUUACCGUUGGCAGUUAAGGUGUUAGGAGGAUUGUUAGCUGCCCAAAAGACAUUAACUGAGUGGAAAAGGAUCUAUGAAAAUAUUAGAUCUCAUAUCGUUGGAGGGACUAGCUUCAGUGACAGAAGUAUCAGCUCGAUUUAUCAUAUUUUGAAUAUGAGCUUUGAAGAGCUGCCUAUUUAUUUGAAACAAUGCUUCCUCUACCUCACCCAUUUUCCAGAAGAUUAUCCAAUAGAUGUUGGGAAAUUGUCCUACUACUGGGCUGCAGAAGGAAUACCAAAGCCAAGGAAUUACGAUGGAGCGACCAUUCGUGAGGUCGCAGACGGAUACGUGGGAGAAUUAGUGAAGAGAAACAUGUUGAUUUCUGAACGAGACACUAAUACGCUGAUAUUUGAAACAUGUCGCUUGCAUGACAUGAUGAGAGAAGUUUGUCUACUUAAAGCUGAAGAAGAGAAUUUCCUACAAGUUGUUGAUGCAAGUACCUUUACCUCACCUGCUGUGAGCUCUCAAUCUCCAUGUAUAUCUCGCAGACUCGGUAUACAUUCGUUUGGUGAUACAACUCAUAUGGAGUGUUUCAUGAAUAAUCCAAAACUUAGAUCUUUCUUGAUUAUCAAGAAUGGAAUCCGGGGGUCAGAGUGGUGGACAGCACCAGCUUUAAGCUUUACACGGCUACAGUUAAUGAGGGUUUUAGAUCUUUCAAGAGUUGAGUUUGAGGGAGAGAAGUUACCCUCCAACAUUGGAAAUCUCAUCCACUUGAGAUAUUUGAGUUUAUAUAUGGCAAAGGUAUCUCAUCUACCAUCUUCUAUGCAAAAUCUAAAGUUGCUGCUUUAUUUGAAUUUGAAUGUAAAAGCAGGUCAUCCACUUUCUGUGCCUAAUAUCUUGAAAGAAAUGCAAGAACUGAGAUACCUUUGGUUACCGGGUAAAAUACAUGAUAAGGCAAAGUUGGAAUUAGGUGAUCUAGUUAACUUGGAGACUUUGGAGAAUUUCUCAACAAAGCAUAGCAACGUGCGGGAUCUUGAUCGAAUGACAAGGCUAACGACUCUAUCAAUCUUAUUCGAUGGCGGGACUACAAUGGAAACUCUGUCUUCAUAUCUAGGUGCACUAACGCGCCUGGAAAAUCUCAGUAUAAGUGGUCACAUGGUUGAUACAAAUGAAUAUUAUAUGGAUGUCUUUCGUUGUCUGGAGAAGGAUCCAAUGCCACUUCUUGAGAAGCCACCCGAGUCGAAAGAGGUGGUUAGUGUAGGUGAAAGAUGCAUCUGUGAAAGGAGACUGGUUUGCUCGGGCGGUGGGUUUGCACAGUUGCGGAAGCUAUACCUACGUGGAAUAGAUGAGUGGGAAGAGUGGAUAGUAAAAGAAGGCUCCAUGCCACUUCUUCAUACUCUGUUUAUCAGUCAUUGUAAUAACUUGAGGGAACUUCCUGAUGGGAUGAGAUUUAUCACUUCCUUGAAAGAAUUGGAAAUUGUCACCAGUGAUAGAAGAUUCAAGGAGAAAUUGUACAGAGGAAGAGAAGAUUACUACAAAAUCCAACACAUUCCUCUUUUGAAGAUUCCU